AUGCCUAAAGAUCAAAUAUUCAAGCUAAGUUUGCCACAGAUUGACAAAGAAGAAGAUGGUGAUGAGGAGUGUCGAACGCCAACUUCUCAGGCAGCCAAGAUUCCUAUAGAUCAAAGCUGCCCUCCGCCACCGCGAAAGCGAAAGCGAAAGCAGGUAAUCUUCCAGAAGAGAAAGUUUCCGGAGUUGCAGUUCUUUGAAGUCGACAGAGGUGAGGAGGUAGAGUUGUUCUUCCAAUCAAGUUCAUCGCCCGAGCUUUCUAGGGUUGCACCUUGCUCCCUGAAAAAGAGGCAUACGAGUCAAUGA